AUGGCCGAGGACGACCGGCAUGAAUCCGAUGGCGAGCGAGAGAUGUCUGAUUCUGAUUCAGAAAGCGAGUUAGAUCCGGCAGAAUACGAAAAGCGCCGGGAAUUAUGCCUUCGGCAGAUAAUUUUGUCAGAAAUCCAAUUCAAUAAGCUGAAAAUUGUCUUGAGGGACUUAAAAAUCAAGCAGUUGAUGAAAAGGCGGCAAGAUGUGCUCAAUCAGACUGAUCCAGAAUUUUUGGUGAAACAUCGAGAACUCUUGGAAGAAUUCAAUGCUCGAAACCGGCUCACCGAGGCUAUUCGUACUCUUGAGAUGGACUCAUUAGAACGGAGAACGGUCGGCUUGAAGAAGAUUGCUGAAACUAAUCAGAACGACAAUAAAAUUAUUGCUCAGGAGAAACUGAGGGAGCAGUUACUGGAUGAGAUUCGAAGUGAACGGGAGCGGCAAAUUCAGGAAAGGAUAGUGAAGUCAUAUUUCCUUGAUGAGCGCUUUGAUAUGAAAUUCAUGCGACCAGAGGAAAACCAUCGACGGCGACGUUACAAACGGCCACGAUUCAAUUAUCCCGUAGUCAUUGGCCAACUGACCCAAGAAGAAAUAGAAGCGGAUGUUCGUUCUGUCGAUCUAGCCAUUCUUAUUUCCGACAUAAAAGAUGAAGAAGCAGCGAGGGAAAGUGCUGCAAACUUGACGAUCGCUAAGUCUGAACGCUGUCUAAUUGUUUCAUUCAGUUUCCGAUCUCUCCGAAUGGCGAAUUCGGAGCUGCGGGAGCUGCUCGACAAAGCCGCUCGGAAGCUUGACCUACCAUUCGACAAUGAGGAACCUAUCGACAUUACUGAAAGGUUUUUCGAAGAUUGUUCACACCUAGCCCUGGGCGAGGUUGUUCGAUAUGACUCGUUUUCUCUCGGUGAAGCAAUGAGCGCCGUAGAAUUGAUGGACGAGAAGAUGGAUAUUGGCAUGAAGAAAGUGACGCGAAAAAUGGGUCUUGAAGAAUCAAUAGCAAAGGGAUUAUAUAAGUGUUCAUUGGGUGAACAGUUGCUUAUUUACGAUGCAACAUUUUGCACGUUUGUUACCUGGCUUGAAGGCAGCUGCAUAGGGCAGACGCUGUGGACCAAUGUUUUGCUCACCGACCCAGAACGUGUUCACUUUGAGGAUCAUCCCGUAUUUGCCUGCCUUUCUCACGGUUUCUACCAUAUUGUGAUGCUUGUUAAAAGUAUUAUUCAAAAUGCUAGUGUUUACGAAGAGGAAGACUUUAAUCCACAUUUGCCGUUUCCCUGUACAUCGCAUUAUUCAAUGACUGAUGUUAUUCAGUUAAUGAAGGAUAUUGAACUUGAUCUUGUACGGAGUUCCGAAGACCCGGACAAAAGUGAUGACAAGACGAAGCUGUUAACUCUGUCCUCUCGUAUCGCGUUUAUGCGAAUAUUUCUGGUUACUCUCACUUUUCUGGUGCCUCCCAGAAAAUCAGAAGAUUGGCGCUUGGAUUCCGCGCAAAUGCCUCCACUCGAAGCACUAGGGUUCACAGCUGAUCUGGAUGCCGCUACGAGUGCAGCUUCUAAACUUAUAUUGCUGUCGUCAAAAUUUCUGGACACCUCUAUGCAUGAAGCCGCACCGCGACCGGAUGGCAUCGAGCGUGAUGGCGAUUUUUCAUGGUUGAUAGCGUUUGAACCAGAACUGAACAGGCAGUACUUGCCAUCUACUUUUCCUAGGAAAAUCGAAAUUCUUCCUAGAGAAAAGGCCUUACCACAUCUCCAUCGCGUCUCAUGCAAGAUUCAUUUUAUGGCGUCCCAGGUCAGGAAUAAUCUGUCGGAUUCGACAAGCUUGAUUGAAUUCAUGAAAUGGUUCAGUUAUGAUGACAGUUGUGUUUUGACACGUUCAAUACUACAGAUGGUUAUAUAUCCGCUUCGAGAUAAUCGUUUUUGGGGACCAACCUAUCCGCUCUUUUUGUGGAAAAUACUGAAAAUAACACGCACGCCUUUAUAUGAUAAUGAGGAUUGUCGUAAAGCUGUUGAAGAAUUUACAAUGAAUACGACGAGGGUCAUGCUCAAUUUGUAUCAGAACUUUGGUGAGUAA